AUGUCUACCGCAGAUAGUGAUGUUAUGAGACCCACUCCAAAGAAAUCAUCUUCUCUUCGCUCUCGACCUCAUUCCUCAUCCAUCUCUUCGGUCCACUUUGAACCUCGUCAACAUCCUUCCGCCUCGUCCCUCCGAUCUCAGAUCAGCUUACUCCAACAAUCCAUAUCAGAGGAUAGACAACUAUCACCUCUCAAGACUCGCUCAACACCCGUCUUGGGAUCAUCCCCACCUUCGACGCUUUCGGCAACAGAUCUGACGUCACCCUUGACUCAAGUCCCAGCACCAAACCUCUCCCCUAGACCUCGACCACAAAGACAUUCGUCACAAGAAAGACGGGUAAGGAGCGAAGCGUAUGGAGCUCCAGCCCAACAUCGCAUGUCUAUGCCACCGCUCAAAAGACCAUCCGUUGUGACUGGAGGAUACGAGUCGACGACCGAUGCCGAUUCUUCUGAUGAUCGACCCAAAGGCGGUAUGCCAAACUCACAUUCACAGCCCCUCUUACAAGCCCCAGAUAGUGACUCUGGAAGACGCAGAGCCCACAGCCUCAUUGCUCACCAUGACGGUAGUCGUAGUCCGAGCAGAGAGGGAAGCACCUCCGAUCGCCUCAAGAUCAGAACUAAUGGUCUGGUAAAAUCACCAUUGGGAUCACCGGGAGCAUCGAGGACCCCUUCCACAGCUACCAUCGGUGCUUCUCGCCCUCAAGCCGGUCCAAGCGGGUCUCGGGUCCCAUCACAGUCUACUAAACAUCCGUUCCCCAAGCCUGAAGCUCAUUCAGCGACUUCAAGCCGUCAUCCAUCGACACGGAUAAAAACCGAGGACGUACCUAGUCGCUCCACCUCGACUCGUCUACGAGAAGGGGAGAAGCAUCAUCGCGUUCACCGCACGGUGACCCCAUCUUCCUCAUCUGAUAAGGGCAAACAGAGAGCUGCAGAUGAACGUCCGUCGGGACUCGCUGCUGGCUUAGGCUUCAUCGAACCAAAAGUUACACUCAGUGUCGUGACAGACCAGAUCCACGCUCUGCUUGAUGACACUGAUCUCGCCUCCGCCGUCAGGAUGAUCAACACCAACCGUCUUGGUCCCACUUUGCGGCCGACUCUACCAGACCCGGUAUCGUCUUUCUCGACCCAAUCUUCAUUCUCUGCCAACCCAUCCGGACCGACUCCAUUUCCCUCCCACACAGCCGAACCAUAUCUUGUCUCAGCCCCUCCAGCUUUGACCGAGGUUGAUCAUCAUCGAGAUCGUACCGUCAGCAUGAGCAGUACCAUCGCUCCGUACAACAUAACCCCACGAUCGGGUCAAAGGUCAAGUUUUGAUCGACCCAGUAUCGAUCGGCGGACUCGGGACCGACGGAUGAGUUCUGUUACAGGCGAGCCGCCGGAGGGUCAUUUGCCGUUUACACAUCAUGUCCCUGUUUCGGAUGUGAUGGAGGAUGAAUCUGUGGACGGCAAUGAGUCUGCUUCGCCUGAUGAGCUCUCUUCAAAGCAAGUCAAUGGGUCUUUGCGACGUUCAGGGUCGCUGGCCACACGGACGGUGACACCGGACAAGAAAUCGCGAUUCAGUCAGCUAUUCAGUAGGAAAAAGAAGAAAAGUCCUGAGCGGACGAAGCCGAUCGCACCACCGGUGGUGAAGCAUGAUCAUCAUGAACACAAAGAUCACGCAGCCAAAGAGCGAGAAGAGGAAAUACGUCGCUUAGAAAGAGAGCGAAGAGAAGCGGAGCUCGCACAAGAGCGUCGAUUCCGCGCUCUCACACAAGUAGCCGCUCAUCCUACGGCCGAGCGGUUGGCAUACAAAGCGAGCUCACAUUUGAGGGCGUACUACUCGCAUGUCUAUGACGGGGUCGAAGACCCUCCCCGACUGAACCCUCUUGCCGUAUUACGUUGGAAGGAAAAGACGGAAAUACAACGUGAAGCAAAGAAGCGAUGGCAAGCUGAGCAAAGAAACCCUUCCCCGAAUAAACAGGUAUACCCUCACGCUAUUCACUCAAGCCCUGUCAGUAUGGAUUCUCUUUCGAGAGUUCGAAGCUCGCUGGAUAGCGCUCGACCUACUUCUCUUCAAUCGCCUGUCAAUCGGACUUCUCCCUUGAAGCCAAGACGAGAAACACCCAAAGAGCCUGCUCACGCUUGGCGAUAUACCGUGGACGAUAUAGAAGCUUACAAAGAAGCUGACGGGGUGGUUAAUUACUUUAUCCCUCCCCGACCCACUGUGGUGUUUUCUGACGACCCGAUAUCGGAGGGCGGUUCCAGACACGAGAGUUCUGCGGGAGAGAGCAUGCGUAAACAUGAUUCUGCUAGACAGAGAGUCGUAUCGGCAUCCGUCUUAUCGUUGGCCGACGUGGAACCCACCAGCACUGCCGGUAGUGUGGCACCGUUAUCGCGCACGACGUCAAUGGAUCGACCCACUCGAAAGGAGCAUCAUUUCCAUCGCUCUCAUCAAAGUCUCGGAAUGGUGGGUCCAGCUCCAGGAUCUCUGAGCCAAGCGUUACGUGCACCGUUGGAUAUCAUCAAUCGUCGUCAGCGAGUUUCACCAGUUCGACAUGACAAAGGCGAGGUUCAUUCGGAUCAUCUACACAUCCCUCUUCUUAGACACCAGCAUGGGAGCGGUGAAGACGAACAUUCGUCUCGUAGUCGAUUGGCAGCAUCGAAGUCGUUCUUCCAAGCUGCUCCCGUGACCAAGAGCAAAGAAUUCAUCAGACGGAAUUAUCACUCUCAAGGAUCUUUGACCGAUGAUGAACACCGAGAUCGGGAGUUUGGCUUUAAAAAGUUGUUCAAGGGUCAAGGUAGAGAAGAAAGAAGAAUGUCGGCUCCGACAGAGGGUAAUGACAAGGAGAAUGGGACGAAGGAAUCGGAUAGGGAAACAAAAAGUCAAUUGACGUCAAGACCGGUAGACACGGACACGAUAAGACGAAGUGAGCGUGAUAAGCGUACUCAAGCCAGAGUGGGAGAGAUGGAGGCGGAGGUGUAUGCUGCUAGGAAAGAACACUUGCGUACGGCCAAAGAACGAAUUGAACGUCUAGAUCUCUCUUUGUCCAACAUUAACGAAAGUAUGCGACACUAUCUUUCCCAAGCUGAGAGAUUAAAACAAGGUCUUUCAUCAUCAGCAGGUAUCGAAACACAUUGGCCUUCUCUUUCACCUUUAUUCAAACAAUACAUGAAACAUCCACGAGUACCAAGUGAAGGUUAUGGUGAAUCUCAAGAUGUGCUCUCUCCACUUAGAGAUUCCGAUUUAGAUCGUAAAGUCGGUCGUUCUACAUCUCGAACAAGAUCACGUAGAAGAACAACAAACGCACCUUUACCUGCACUUUUCGAACCUACUUCAGGUCCUUGGUCAUUAUCUAUAUCUCCUUCGGUAAAUUCAUUUCAAAACCCUUUCGAUCGUCUACAAACUUCAUUAGAUUCUGUCAAAGGAAUCCAAUCUCAAAUGAUGUCAGAUCGUCAAAACACUACUUCAGUAUUACAAGAUUUAAAUUCUGAAAUAGAAGCUCUCAUAAAACAAAAAGAUGCAGUGAGAGCAUGGACGAAAAGUGUUUUGGAAAAGAAUAGAUCUUUACAAUCUACUUUAGAAACUUUGAGAAGAACUUCAAGAGGUAGUAGAGCAAGAAUGGGUAGAAUGAAAGAUAGGAUUUAUGAUGCUACUGCUAGAGGAGUUGCGGCACCUUUAGUCAGAAGUACUUUUGGUUUAUUCGUUGCUGUUCAAUAUAUAGUAUUGAGACCUUUUGUUAGUACUUUGGAAAGUCCAUUUAGAAGGUAUCCGAGAGGAAGUUUGGUGGUGAUUAGUGGUUUGAUGGGGUUGUUAGCUUAUUUUUAUUAUAUAGGAGGGAAAGAAGUUUCCACUGUUUAA